AUGGGGAUAACAUCCUCUGUCGCCCACCUCGUCGCGAGGAUCGAUGUUAACUCCGGUGACUCUCGCACAGGUUCUGCAAGAGAUGGCUCUGAUGGCGGCACCCUCAGUACCUCGUCCAACUCCAAGUCCGCUUCUCUAGCUUCCUUUGGCGCAACCUUUAUCCCUGUUGUCAUCUAUGCCGCCGUCUGUCUCAUCGUCUUCACCUUUCUCCGACCCAGAGCCCGCCGUGUCUACUCCCCUCGAGCCAAUUCUGGCUUGCGUUCUCCGCAUAUCCCUAGUCCUACCCUACCAUCGGGCUGGUUCAACUGGGUCAAACCAUUCUUCCAAAUCCCAGACACCUUUAUCCUUAACCAUGGCUCCAUCGAUGGCUACUUCUUUCUGCGCUAUCUUAAAGUCCUCCGCAACAUCUUUUUCGUUGGCAUUUGCAUCACCUGGCCCAUCCUGUUUCCCAUCCACAUAACUGGAGGCAACAAGUCUAAACAGCUCGAUAUUUUGACACUCGGUAAUCUCAAGGAAGCCAAGCGCCUAUAUGCUCACGUUGCUGUCGCCUGGGUGUACUUUGGAUUCGUCCUCUUCACUAUUUCAAGAGAGUGCAUCUACUACAUCAACGUCCGCCAGGCAUAUCUCUCAUCUCCCCACUAUGCCCAGCGCCUGUCCUCUAGGACUGUCCUCCUCACCAGCGUCCCCAAAAAGUAUCUCGACGAAGCCCGAAUCCGGAAACUCUACGGUGACACCGUCAAGCGUGUCUGGAUUCCCAGGACCUCGAAAGUUUUGGUAAAACUUGUCGAGGAGCGAGAGCAAACGGCUAUUCGCCUUGAAAAGGCCGAGAUCGAGCUUAUCAAAAAGGCAAACAAGGCCCGUAACAAGCAACUGCUGAAAUCAUCUGCAACAACGACCUCUUCCAGCUCCACCUCCAAUUCCACCUCCGUCGAAGCUUCCGAUCCUCCCUCACCCACGUCUUUUACAACCGCCCCUGACGUCGACCCAAUCCCCGAUGUUGAACGACUACCCGAUGCUGAGCAUGAGCCCGGGCUAACGCGUCGAGUCGAGGUUGGUCUAGAACUUGGGUCAAGCGUGACCGAGUUCUCCCCAAACCCAAACACCUUCCAGGACCCGCUCGAAAAAGUCGAGGACCCAGAUUAUGUCCACCCCUAUGGGCUUGACCCAGAUCUCCCCGACGUUCGUGGCUCUGUAGCCGCUCAAUGGAUCCCCGUCACGGCCCGGCCGCAUCACCGACCUCUGGCCAACUAUGGACGCCGUGUCGACACCAUCAGGUGGUGUCGCACCCGAUUGAAGGACUUGAACGUGGAAAUCUUCAAGCUGCGGCGUCAGCUACGCCGGGGCGAUGGCUCUGUUCUCCCAGCCGCGUUCAUCGAGUUUGACUCGCAGCAGAGUGCCCAAGCCGCCCACCAGGCCGUCGCUCACCACCGCCCCCUACAAAUGGCUCCGCGUAUCCUAGGCAUCCGCCCGGACGAGGUGGUUUGGAGUGCUCUGAGGAUGAGGUGGUGGGAGCGCAUUAUCCGCCGGUUCCUCAUCAUGGGCCUUGUCAUCGUCGCCAUUAUUUUCUGGGCCAUCCCGUGUGUGCUCAUCGGCAUCAUCUCCAACGUCUCCUUUUUGGCUAAAAACGUCUUUUUCCUUACGUGGCUGACUAUGCUGCCGAAACCUAUCCUUGGCUUCCUACAAGGUUUCGUCCCGGCCAUUGCCCUAUCCUUUUGGAUGUCACUAGUGCCGGCAAUGUUGAGAGUAUGUGCCAUUCAAGCAGGAAUUCCGUCCCUGGUCUUGGUUGAACUCUUCGUCCAAAACGCAUAUUUCGCUUUCCAAGUCGUUCAGGUUUUCCUCAUCACCACAAUUACAUCUGCUGCCUCGGCCGCCUUUAUGGACAUCCUCAAGAACCCCGUCUCCGCCAAGGAUCUUCUUGCCAAGAACCUCCCGAAGGCGUCAAACUUUUAUCUGUCCUACAUCCUUGUGCAAUGCUUGGCGGUUGGUGCUACGGGCAUCCUGCAUAUCUUUGAACUCCUGCGACAGUUUAUAUUUUCCAAAAUCGCCCAGGUUCCGAGGGCCCGCUUCAAUGUGUGGUAUACCCUGCGUCCACCACGUUUUGGUGGUGUGUACCCGGUCUAUACAAACAUGGCCGUCAUUGCUCUUAGUUAUGCCUGCAUUGCGCCUUUGGUGCUUCUCUUCGCCUGUGCAGGCAUGUCGUUUGUCGGUCUGAUUUAUCGAUAUAAUAUCCUCUACGUCUUCGAUUCUGAGCUGGACACCAAAGGACUUUUCUACCCACGUGCUCUGCUCCACAUCAUUGUCGGGCUCUACAUGGCGGAGAUUUGUCUUGUCGGUUUGUUCGCGCUAAAGUUUGCUUUCAUACCAAUGGUUAUGAUGCUCAUGCUGUUCGUCUUUACCGGUCUUGUCCAUCUCUCGCUUAGCGACUCCAUCACGCCGCUACUGCAGAAUCUACCGCAAACAUUGUCGCUGGAAGAAGAGUUGCAAGAGGAGGAAAAGGCUGCCGCUGAAGCACGGAAGCAGGCUGAAGCGAACCCACCCAUUGAUGCAGGCACUGCUAAUGAUUAUUACGACACGGAGUUGGCUUUUGGCGAGGACGAGUUGGAUAUCCUAUCCGACAUUGACGAUGACGGUGCACCGCUCCCAACCGACAGAGCCAUCGAGGGCGCGAGUGGCAUGGGGUCGGCUCUUACCGACUGGCUCAAGACGAGUACCAAGGACAAGCUAAAGGCGCAAGCGGAAGACUCGGGUCUGAUGCGUUUUUUGAACAAGUUGGGCCUUGCAGGAAACGAGGAGGGUUCCGACGAGCCCCCUAGCUUCCUGAAGCGAUGGAUGCACCCGGAGAUCUACGAAGACUUCCUUGCCCUGCGCAAAAUGCUUCCCGACGACAAUCUUCCCGACACGGAGUACCCAGAAGAUCACGGGUUUUCGAGUUACUGGCCGCCUGAGCUCUGGCUGCCCAAGCCUGUACUGUGGAUUCCCAGGGACGAGGCCCGAGUUAGUCGACAGGAGGUGGCACAUACGAAGAAGUUUACACCAAUCACGGAUCACGGCACGUCAUUGAAUGAGAAGGGAUUGAUAGAGGUCGACGUGGAAGCGGCGCCAUUCCCGCGGCAGAGGCUGGUGCAUUAA